UCACCAUCGCCCUUAUCUCCACUGAUAGCAGACAGAGCCAAUAGUCCCUGUGGCACAGCUACGUAGACAUUUGGUAGUGGCCGCAGUUGAGAAUAUGACGAAACGCUGGACAAGAAUUUCCCUCUUGGUGAUGUUCGCCAUUCUUAUGCAGAGUGGAAGAGCUAUUAAACCUGCCAACUCUGCUUCUGCUGCCUCAAGCAUUGAAUUGGACGGCCCUGAUUCAGACAAUACCUCCAGUUCUGUUUCAUCAACCUUUACUUCAGACAGUAGCUCUAGUUCUGUUGCAUCAAAUACUGAGAGUUCAUACAGUAGCUCCAGUUCUGUUGAAUCAAAUACUGAGAGUUCAUACAGUAGCUCCAGUUCUGUUGCAUCAAAUACUGAGAGUUCAUAG